UUAAUGAAAAGUGCCAUAGACUGAAAAACGAAACAUGAGGGUAGCAGGUGCUGCAAAGUUGGUGGUAGCUGUGGCAGUAUUUUUACUGACAUUUUAUGUUAUUUCUCAAGUAUUUGAAAUAAAAAUGGAUGCAAGUUUAGGAAAUCUAUUUGCAAGGUCAGCAUUGGACACUGCUGCACGUUCUACAAAACCCCCCAGAUACAAAUGUGGAAUCUCAAAAGCUUGCCCUGAGAAGCAUUUUGCUUUUAAAAUGGCAAGUGGAGCAGCCAAUGUGGUGGGACCCAAAAUCUGUCUGGAAGACAAUGUUUUAAUGAGUGGUGUUAAGAAUAAUGUUGGAAGAGGGAUCAAUGUUGCCUUAGUAAAUGGAAAAACAGGAGAAGCAUUAGACACCAAAUAUUUUGACAUGUGGGGAGGAGAUGUGGCCCCAUUUAUUGAGUUUCUGAAGUCCAUACAAGAUGGAACAAUAGUCUUAACGGGAACAUAUGAUGAUGGAGCAACCAAACUCAAUGAUGAGGCACGGCGGCUCAUUGCUGAAUUGGGGAGUACAUCUAUUACUAAUCUUGGUUUUAGAGACAACUGGGUCUUCUGUGGUGGGAAAGGCAACAAGACAAAAAGCCCCUUUGAACAGCACAUAAAGAACAAUAAGGACACAAACAAAUAUGAAGGAUGGCCCGAAGUUGUCGAAAUGGAAGGAUGCAUCCCCCAGAAGCAAGAUUAAUGCAGAGGAACUUGAAGGAAACGCACUUUCACUAUUAAUGGCUGAGCUGUGACAGAGAAGCUACGUGUAAAUACUUUAGGAGCAUGCGGCCAUCUCGGUGUGUGCAUGAGCAUUAUCUCUUUUGAUAUCAGGAUUAUUUAUUGCUAACGUAAAUAGACGCCUUUGUAAAUAGUCAUCAUAAUGAGCAAAUCACUGAACCAUUUCUAAGCACAUUUCCCUAAUAAUAGUACAGUGUUAGACUGCUACAGUAAUGACAUCUUUUAAUUCUAAAAGCAUACCCAAUGGAUAACUGAAUAGAUUGUGAAAAAUAUAUUGAUAUACAUACGGGUUGCUGUGAAAACCUAUCAU